AUGAAGGGACCCAGAGUGGACAUCUCUCCUUCACUUGAACUCUAUGAGGAACCGGAGCCUUGGUACCAGCAGAGGCUACUUGUGCCCAUCUGCCUCCUUGGAGAGUCCAGACAAAUUUGGAGGUUGCAGAUAAUUAGCCACUCAGCGAUCCGAGCACCCGCGGUGGUCUUAGACCGCCAAAGGGAGAAACUGAGACAAGUAAGAGGGCUGAAAGGACUCUGGGAUGACAUUAUAAUACUUAGAAAGAUAGGUAUGGACACUGAAGAAAUAAAGAAUGAGACACAGAACGAUAAAAAAAAUACCUCAGUUUCAAGACAGCAAUCAAAUGCUGAUAAGCAUCACCAGCAGAGAGGAUACUCAAGAUUCAUAAACAACGUUGAGGAAAGAAAUGAUGAAAAGCCAAACGGAGAAACUUUUGGAUUCAAGUCUGGACAAAGCUCUUUAAACAGGCAGCCUUCAAAGAAGCAGGAGAAGUGCAAUGAAAAUUCUAAAGCCCAAGCAGUGAUGAAUCAAGGCCAAUCAGAGAGGAACCAACAUCAAUCAGAAGGAUCUCAAGGCCAAUCAGAAGAAAAUCAACACUAUUCAGAGAGAUCUCGAGGCCACUCAAAGAGAUCUCAUGGCCAAGCAGAGAGAUCUCAUCGUCAAUCAGAAAGAUCUCAUGGCCAAGCAGAGAGUUCUCAUCGUCAAUCAGAAAGAUCUCGUAGCCAAUCAGAGAGAUCUCAUCGUCAAUCAGAAAGAUCUCGUGGUCAAAAAGAGAGAUCUCAUCAUCAAUCAGAAAGAUCUCAUGGCCAAUUAGAGAGAUCUCAUCGUCAAUCAGAAAGAUCUCAUGGCCAAAGAGAUCUCGUGGUCAAUCAGAAAGAUCUCGUGGUCAAUCAGAAAGAUCUCCUGGUCAAUCAGAAAGAGCUCAUGGCCAAUCAGAGAGAUCUCGUGGUCGAUCAGAAAGAUCUCGUGGUCGAUCAGCAAGAUCUCAUGGCCGAUCGGAGAGAUUUCAUUGGUCAAUCAGAGAGAUCUCAUGACCAAUCACGGAGAUAUAAAAGAUACUCAUCAGUAGAAAUUGAAUUUAACAGCAUUACCACCUACGUCAAUGGGAAAGCUAAGAAGGCCCAGUUGAAUGAUUUUGGCCUUAAUCACAAGGAAAUGGAAAAAGAACCUUUUACAUAA